AUGAAAACGACUUCGAUCCUGAGCAGACGACUGUCUCAUAUCUUGCCAAGCAAGCCUGAAUAUAUUUUACUUCCUCAGCUGCACCACCAAGAUCCCAAACAGUCAAAGCUGAAUGAGUCCCCGGAUCGAUUGCUCUUCAGCUCAAAGGAUAAGAAAUUGCCUUAGAACUUUGCAGAAAGAGUGCUUGAAUUGGAAAUGGAACUUGAGAGUGACUGCUCAAGCAUAGACUCAAUCAAUAACUUACUGUAUCUCUACUCACAAGCUGUAGAGUACUAUAAUGGUAUGAAUAAUGAUAGAUAUCAGCUAUAUGCCGAUAGGAUUCAAAAUUUCUUAUUAAGACCAGAAGUGUUAAAAGUGAUGUAAACAGCUUCAACAGAUCCAGAGGGAUACAAGAAAGAAUAAGAGGAAAAGAAACUUAAGAAAUAGUAAGAGAUUUAGUAAGCCAAUUAGAAUCAAGCAAGGAAAAUCCAAUAGGCUGAGAUUGAACGUAAGAAAAAAGAAAGAGUUUUAAAAUUGAACCAAAAUAUGGAAGACAUAUAAAUGAGUAGCUCUGACGGUGGAGGUAGUCCUGAGGUUAAGUUAUAGUAAAUUAUGGAAGACCAAGAAAUCAAAAUGGAAAAGGUACAACAAGAGAUUAAGAAAGAGCUGAAUCAAUAGACAGAGAAUUUUCAAAAACGAUUGGCUGAACGAAGGAAGAAACUAUAACAGUAGAGAUCUAUUAACAAUUCUAGGACACAGGACUAAGAAGAAACAAAGAACGAUACUUAGUAAUCAAAUCCUACUAGUAGUAUGAAUAAUACAAGAAUAGGACAUAGGCCAUCUACUAUGAAAGGAGGCAAUAAAUAGAAAUUUAACAUUCCAAGUUUUGAUGAGGACCUAAUGAAUAAUGACAUUUCAAUGAUAAAAGGUUCAACUAACUUUGAAAAUACAUAGUACAUUGAAGAACCUAGUUUCUAAACUGACUUUCAAUUGGUCAAGAAGCUUCAAGAGAUGGAAAUCGAGAAAAACCUAUCAAGUAAUGUUCAUGGAGGCAAUCAUCAAUUUGAUACGAUCUUUGGAAAUUUAGAUUAAUUUGAUUAAGAUAAUGGCUCUGGUUCUGAUGAUGAUGACGAUCACUCAAUGCUAUAAGAGUAAUAGGAAGAAUAUCAAGAAUCAAUGUAACAGAUCUGGAAAAACUGUGAAGAAAUAAUGGAGAAACUUCAAAGAGAAAAGUAAGAGAAGAUUGAGCGAAUCAUUGAAGAAGUAACGCAGGAAAAGUUUGAAAAGAUUGCUGAGGUUAAAGCAAAUUAUGAUCUUAUGAUUAAGCGACUAGAGACAAGCAAGCAGAAGGAAAAAAGUGAAGCCAAGAAAAAGGAGAAGGAACAUGAAAUCAAAACUAUUUAGGAGUAAAUGGAAGUUAUCAAAAAGCAAAAGAUUCAAGAAGUCAACAAAGAUUACGAGGACCAGAAGAAGUCACUAAUGGGAAAUAAAGAUUCACAGAUUUAAUAAGAAAGCAAGAAAUUGACAUAAAACAGUUAGAAUAGAGUUCUUAAUAGCAGCAAAAUUUCAAAGCAAAGUGGGACUGUUACUUGCACUCCUAAAAAUGGCAAAACUUUGGAGAAGUUCUCUCCAUUAAAACCAUUUAGGAUGCUUAACGAUUCAAGCUCUAAACCAAUAAAGCUGCUAGAUUUACCAAUUCCCCUAAAGUCUCAGAAGUCAUCUCCAAAGUCAAACCUUCUGAUUAUGAAUGAUAUCGAAAAUAAAAUACUAUCAGAAAAGGAGGCGGAAAAUGACUUAGAGCGCAUUGAUGUAGUUAAUCCAUUAAUCAAUAAAUCUCAUCAAAAAAAUAAGUCCUAAGAUAAAGUUAUCUAGUAGCAGUUGCCAGUGGAAUAGAAAGAUUAACCUAGUCAAUAAUCUAAAACAUAUAAAUAGCCAUUUGUGAAGGAUAAAUCUUCUAAUCUUUAAAUAGCGACUGCUCAUCGAUAGAGAAUACAACUCUAGCUAGAUAUCGAUGACGACUGA